AUGGAGUCAAUUCUAGUCACGCCUGAGAUUAACUCUACGCUCAAGAUAGCAGAAGUACGAGGCCAACAUGUCACAGUGCAACACAACUUUCUCAACUACUUUGUUGGACUAUUCAUGGCCACAUAUAUCACAUGGCAGUGUCUUCUACGGACACGUGUGCUAUUGAGGUCUGACUCACAGCCCCCAAUGUUGCCAUAUUGGAUACCAGUCGUGGGCCAUACCUUUUCGUUCCUGACAAACACUCACCAAACUAUAACAUUUGGAAGAUCGCACUUUAAGAGUACCGCUCAGCCUUUCAGCCUACUAAUCGGAGGCCGUCGGACAUAUGUUGUACUUGAUCCACGCUAUCUUGCUGAGGUUCACAGAAAGUCCAAAGAUCUUGUGUAUGAGCCAUUCAUCGACCAACUAAUGCUUUGCAUUGGCGUCACGCAAAAGACCAGAGACAUCAUGUGGAACACAAAACUCGGCGAACCUGCUGUAUCGCUGACCAACAAUAUCUUGGACUGGGUGCGGGAGGAAAUGUCGCAAAGUCCGUCCUCGCAACCUUUCUUCGACAAGUUCAUGAAGGAACUGGAUGAUGCUCUACAGCAAGCUAGUCCACUGACCACUGGAAACGUGAGCGAGCAUGAUAUGUUCAAAUUUGCAGGCGAUAUAAUCGUUACGGUAUCUACUAAUGCUUUCUUUGGCAAAGUCCUGUUGGAACAAUCUCCCGAAAUAUUGCAUUCGUUCCACAUGUUUGAUCGUCAUGCGUGGGAGAUGAUAUUCCGAGCACCGAGAUUCAUGUUCAAGACUGCUAAUAACGCGAUGGGUUCAGUCAUUGAUGGUUUGACGAGAUACUUUGAGUUACCUCAGAGCAGGAGACAAGACGCCGCAUCGUUUGUUUUGAGAUCAGAAGAUGCCAUGCGCAAGAGUGGGAUUGGCUCCCGAGAAAUCGCCGCAUUAGUAUUCAAGCUUUUCUGGGGGAUCAAUGGAAUGCCUGCUACAGUCGCAUUUUGGCUGUUAGCCCGAACAGUAUAUACUCCUAAUCUCUGGGAAGAUCUCAGAGCCGAAGUUGCCCCUGCUUUCAAGAAUGGUAUUGAUGAUCAGCCUGAUAUUGAGUACCUCAAAGGUUGUACGAAACUCAACGCAAUGUACUAUGAAACAUUGCGUGUCCACGGAGGCGCAUCUGGUUUCCGUCGCGUGGCAUCAGACACUGUCAUCGGAGGCUUCACUUUCAAGGCUGGGAGCGAUGUCAUCAUGCCUUACCGUCAAUUGCAUGUUGAUGAAGAGAUAUGGGGACAAGACGCCAAAUGUUUUGAUAUCUACAGGUUCAUUGACAACCCAAAACUUGCUUUAGCGAGAACUUUCAAGCCGUUUGGUGGGGGCGUGACAUUAUGCCCUGGCAGAUUCUUGAUGCAUCAAAUAGCGUUGAGUCUUAUUGCUACUCUUGUCACGAGAUAUGACAUUCACAUCGUUGACGGCCAUGAGACUCACCCUUUUCCGCAGAUGAACCACAAGGGUCCUGAGGUUGGCGUCAUAUUUCCAAUUUUCGAACAGGUUCCCAAGAUAAUAGUUGAACGAGUUGAUAUUGGAUGA